CCUGGUGCAGUAACCCAAACUAUUACACCUGCUGGUGACUCUUUGGUUGUCCUAGAUAAGAGGCUAAACAAAGAUGAUGCCGUUGACAUUGUUCGACAAUUACUUGAUGUACAGAACAAGGCAAAAACUUUAGGUCGGCUUUUAAAAUUACCUAGAGCCAUUAUAGAGGUAACCCCUCAGCUGACCGGUGAUCCUCAGGCUCCUCUUUUCUAUAUCAUUGAUGAGUUUCUGAAACAAGUUGAUCCCAGACCAACGUGGAGGCUGAUCCUGAAUGCCCUCAGAGAUCCGCUAAUUGGGGAACAUAGCCUGGCUCAGGAGAUAGAAAUGUCUCUAACACCGGACAUAACUUCUCCCAGUCUUCCUGCAGCUUCUCUUUCCCAGUCCUCAUUUCCUACUUCAGUCCCCAACUCCACUUCCCCUGCUGAUGUGCUCCAAUCCACUACUGCUGCUGCUGCGCUCCUUCCAGCAUUAAGUGCAGACUCCCAGUCAUUAUCAGUUUCACAGUCUAUCUCGACCGUUUCAGUCUCCAGGUCUAAGUUACCAGGAACAGGCUCUAGAUCUCCUGGAGAUUCCACCCAACGGACAAGGAGAUCCCAGGAAAUGGCUAAACCUACUCGGACUCAUUUUAGAGCUCCCAGUCCUGCCUCCACUAGUGUGGUCCAGAAGUCAAGGUCACGGGCACCAAGUUCUGGCUCUCUUAGAAAGAAAGAUGAUUACUCAAGAAAGGUGGCUGCCCCCCAGAAGUUUAUAUCAGCUGCGGCUAAGCCCCAGUCAAGUGGAUAUCCAUCUAAAGAAAUAUCUACCGGUGCUGCUGGUGGUCACUCUUCUGUGCCUAAAACACAGCAUAGCACCAAACACAAAAGCACCAGAGGAAAGCAGAGCUCUGGUGUAGUAUCUAGAACUACACACGGAAUGAAUUCUGCUAGUGCAUCAAGAACUAGGGAAAGUGGAGGCUCUUCAGGUUCUUCCUCUUCUUUACCCACUGCAGUCGCUCCCACCGCGUCAGACAUGCCACUGUCUGUGACUUACAAUAAACCAACUGCAUUAAGCAUCAGUUCUAUGCCUGAAAUGGAGAAGAGGAUUUUACAACGUAAGGUUAACGCUGAUACAAACCGUAUGAUAGAGCAGUAUGCACUGUUGAGGGCUCAAACUGAAAGCCACCUACAUGAGAUACACUGUGAUGUGAAGAAGCUGUUGGUCUGUAUCAUGGAUGUUCAGCACGUGAGGCACAUUGCCAAGGAAUCUCCUCUGGUUGAACUUGAAGCUGAAACUAGCAUUAGUGGAGUUUUUCUCGAAAUGGUGAAGAAGAGCCUUAUAUCAUUUCUCCAGUUUUCUAUUCUGAAACGAGUAAUUACUGAGCUAUGUACUGGUUCACAAGAACUGCAGGAGAAGCUAAAAGCAUAUGAAUCGGAGUUCAAUGACUACAUUAGACGACGUGUCUGUGAGACUAGUAUAUAUCAUGAAGGAAGAUUCGAGGUCUUCACUGGGGGUCAGUCGGACAAAAAGGUUGAACUACUUAUUAUCACUGAUAAGCAUUGGGAUUAUAGCAUCAGAUUUGUCGAUUUGCUUGAUCUGGAGGCUUUGGUAGCGAAAUGUUUGAAUAUUGAUCGUUUCAACCUCCAAAUGUUUAGAAUUGAGCCUAACUGCCUUAGGAUACGGUAUGCUGUAUCCAUUCGCAUUGCGAAGACAGUAUUUCCACUAACCAAUGAAGAAUGGAAGCAACUUUCCCAUCACGGGAUUAUCAAGAUUCAUUGUCAAGAAUAUUUCUAUACAACUGAUGAUAAAGGUACAUACAUAACUUCUAAAUGUUUGGUUUCUUACGUGUGGUUUCUGUUUACAGUUGGAGCGCUCCCA